AUGAUGCAACAUCAGUACUGGGUAACAAAAAAGACUGUGUUAAAAAAACUAGGAACCAAAGAAGAUGAGUGUAUUGUUGCGUCCGACGCCGAGCUUGAUGCCAAACUGGAAUUAUUUCGAUCAAUAUCAGACAGCUGCUUACAAUUACAGCGAGUAUUGGACCAAUAUCAGGAGCGAUUGUGUAUUUUGGCUCAAGAAGAAAAUUCAUUAGGAAAGUUUUUGCGAGACGCAGGAAAAAAUGCGGAUGCAUCCGGUAAACACAUGGUAUCAGCUGGAAAAGCAAUUUCCUAUUCUGGUCAACAGCGCUUAUCGGUGAGGGGACCGCUCUUGAGGCUUUAUCAUGAAGUAGAAACUUUUCGAGGUCGCGCCGUGAGUGAUAUGCGGGCGACUGUGUCAGCUAUGGAAAAAGCCCGAAUUGAAUACCGUGCCGCUCUCAGCUGGAUGAAAUCAACGAGCGCACAGUUAGAUCCCGAUACUGGACGCGGCCUUGACAACUUCCGAAAGGCACAGCGACAAGUACGCGAGAGCAAAAAACUAUUUGAUAAAUUAACUCUGGAUGUAUUGCAAAAAAUUGAUCUCUUAGCUGCGGCCAGAUGUAACAUGUUUUCUCAUGUACUGUCUAACUACCAAGGGUCCUUCAUAACUUUUGCUACAAAAGUGGCACAAACUCUGACAGCUACUGCGGACACAAUGAAUGCCACUCCACAGUAUGAAUUCUCUAUCCUGAAGGAAUUGUCUCAGACACUGGGUGAAGGGGAAAGCAAGCAAGAAGUGACACCACAGGACAAAGAUCAGAUGUUAUUCUUUCAGGAUGAAUUUAAAGAUGACAAUCCAGAGACCAGUGAGAAAUCUAAAACAGACAACGAAAAUGACAAACAACCGUCCAAUGAGAGAGAUGCAAAGCCCAGUACUUCGGUAAACCUGAUUGAUACAAGCUACUUGGAAUCAGAGUCAUCUAGCGGAAAUGCUGGGAUACUAUCUGAAUUAGCUGGCCUACAGUUAGAUUGCGGUGAUGGACAAGGUGGAGUUGGAACCUUUUUGCCCUCGCAAUUGUUACAGAAUUCGUCCAGCUUGCUCCAAGGACUGAUGACCCCAGUAAGCAGCAACAACAAUCAGACACAAGCGGUGAAAUCAGUACAAACUUCAAAGCCAGCACCAAGUUCCGUUGUUCCGAAGAAAGAGGAUAAAGCAGCUUGGUUUAAACUCUUUGCUGAACUGGAUCCACUGGCUAACCCUGACAACCUUCCAGGGUCUAACACGAACCAGAGCCAUGCAGCCUAA